CUAGUAGAAGCCAAUUCACUCCGCCACGCCUGUCCGCAGCACUUAAGUUAGCUUUCUUGUAACCUUUUCCUUUUGAAAGGUGAGUUAAACUUUAGCAGCAUACUGCAUACACAGUUUCUCCACUGCAAAGAAGUCAGCAUUUAAGCAGGAGCCUUCAGGCAUCACAACGAAACCCUUCCGGCGUUCACUAGUUGCUGUUAAGCAGUCACUACAGAAAGCUAUGGCUACCGUUAGCAAGCUAGCGUUAGCUGAAUGUAAAGUACGUUAACUUUGGAAGUAACUUUUAGCUGGCGCUGCGGGUAAUAACAGUAGUCAUUGUUGGUUAUCUUAUUAAAGCACAACGCGAUUAGCAAAUUUGUAUAUAUUAAUUAACCGCAUCUUUAGUAGCGAGCUUGUGUGGCCAGAAGGAAUGCAAGAGGCUGUUGUCCUAUAAAAACCCUCGUUUGCUCCUCCUCGUCAGACAUUUUGGGAAGAAUGGGGAACGCGAGAACAAGAGACGUUGUCAUGGAUGAAUUGCAACAAUGGGAGUGAUGAAGUUUGAGGAUAUGAUCUUUGCCACACCACUACCUACGGAGUUGUGUUCUGUGGGAUACAAUGUAGGCUAAAUUGUGGUUUCGGAGCAGCACUUUCACCUUUGAAGAAAAAGUUCAUCAUUCACAGAUACAGCAUCAUCAAACUUAAUGUAUGACUAUGGAUCAUGAAGAGGUGCGGACAGAGCUGGACCAGGUUUCUAUGCAGCUUCAGGAGGAUGGCUUGCCUCCAGGGGCCUGUGCGGAGGAGCGGCAGCGCCACCUGUGGCAGCAGCUGCUCGCCAAGGAGGCAGAGCUUAAGUCAGCCACCCGGGAGCUGGAGACCUUACGUACCCAGCAGGCUAGUGAGAUGAAGGAGGUGGAGAGCUAUGUUGCACAUAUUCGUGGGCUGUUGGAAGAGCGUGAAUGUCUGACUUCAGACUAUGAGAGAGACAAUGAACAAUUGCGACAAGAGCUUCACCAGAUCAGACAGCAACAAGAGAGUCAGAGCAAGGAGCUGGCAGAGAUGUUGGCUCAGGAGGAUCUCGGGGAGAUGGGCUUGAGCAGCCCCAGUGAGCAAGUGGCUUACUUACUGGUGGAGAGGGCCACAUUACUGGAGAGGCUGGAAGCUGCUGAGAGGAGUCUGGAGAGUCAGAGCCUCACUGGCAACCUUAGGGAAGUCCACCAUCAGGAGCGUAUUCAGCACAUGAUGGGGGAGGAGCUCAGGCAGCAAAGGGAGGAUAUGCAGAGAGACAUAGAUAACAUGACAAAGGCCCACAGUGAGCGGAUUUCACAGGAGCGAAAUGAGCGCCAGCGGCUGGAUCGGGACCUUGAAGAGGCAUCUAGGAGGCUUGCAAUGGCUCAUCAGGAUAUCCGCAGACUCACCAAUGAGCUGGACGCUGCCAAAAAUAAUAACAUAGACCCAAGUGGAUCUGAGCUUCAGGGAACUGUCCAAGAAGUAGAGAACCUGAGGAUGGAAGUGGACAAACUGAAACACUGUGAUAUGAUGAAGCUGCAGCGAGCCAAGGAGCAAAAUGACAAACUAGAUGUUGAGAACAGAGCUCUGAGGGACAGAGUCCGCACUUUGGAGUCUGAAAAGAAAACUCUCCGGGAUCAGUUGGCAAUAAAUGAUGCAGACCAAACCAAAGAAGAUCAAAGGGACAAGAGCAUUAGCAGUGAAGCACAAAACAAUCCGUCUGUCUCAUCACCCCAAGAAAAGGAUUACAUUCAUAAACGGUGUCAUGAAGCGAUGGAAGACGGACUUGUACAGAUGAGGGAUCUGCAACGGCAACUCCAGAGGCUACGCAAGGAACAGGAAGAGCUGGAGGAGAGGAACGAGGAGCUAGAAGCACUGUUAGGAGAGGCCCAGAAUGCCAGCAAGGGGGAGCGGCACCGCCACGAGGGUGAACUGGAGGGACUGCACAGGAGGAUCAAAAGCCUGGAGGCAGAGAUAAAGAAGCAGGAUGUCCAAGAAAAGAUGCUGAAGAACGGAGAAGAGGUCAAAGCAACUGAAUCCUACUUACAGCUGCACCUAAGGGAGAGCAGCCAAGAGAGGUUGGCUCUACUAGAGGCUCGUUUGACUGAGGAGAAAGACUGGAGGAAACAGCUGGAGGUGGACCUCAGUGCUGCCCAGGCCGCACUCAAAAAAGACAAGGAGGCUUUGCAGAUAGGUGAGCGAGAGCUGAAGAAACUGAGACUUGAGGUCAACAGUCUUCAGACAGAAUGCCAACAGGGGAAAACACUCAUCAAGAGCCUCACCCAAGUCAAGGGGGAGAAAGCAGUUCUAGAGGAAAAGGUGGCCCAAAUGGAGCGUUCCCAAAGCCGGCUCCAGGGUGAGCUGGAACGCCAAAUGCACAGUAACCGGACCCAGGAGGACAAGAGGGAAAACAGGCUUCAGGUUGACCAGCUGCAGGAGCAGGCUGACCGGCUGAGCGCUGAACUCAGCAGCCUCCAGACAGCACACAACACUUUGAGAGAUGAGAUGGUUUCUGAGCGGCUGCAGACUGCCGAGCUCCAGGCUAAGCUGAGCUCCAGUGUCCAGGAGAAGCUGACAGCCGAGGGGGGAAAAGAGAGACUUGAGCUUGAGAUACAGCACCUCAAAGAGCAGCUCAAGUGGCAUCAAGAGCAGCUCUUAACUAAGGGAGCCCUUAUUAGGAGCCAGAAGACUGAAUUGCAUACAGCUCAUACAGAAUCUAGGCUUAGUCCAGUGGAGAGGACCAAGGAUGAGAGCUUCGAUCAGAUUUCAUGCAUGAAGCAGGAGCUGAAUCAUCUGCAGAUCAAGCUGGGGGAGGAGCAGCAGCUAGCUUCUCAGCACCAACUGGCCCUGCAGGCUCAGAUCAGUGAAGCCCAGGCCCGCAUCAAGUCCCAGGACUCGGUGCUGAGCCAGAAGGCAGAGGAGGCUAAACAGAUGAAGCAGGACCUGCAGAGAGCCCAGAGCCUGUUCACUUCAGCAGAGAGAGAGCUGCGCUAUGAGAAGGAGAGAAACAUGGACCUGAAGAGACACAACACCCUGCUAGACCAGGAAAAACUCAAGCUUUGUGCAGAGCUGAAGCAGGUCCAGACCAAGCUGGUCCAGUUGGAGCAGAGUGUUCGCACUCAGACGGCUGAGUGUGAACGUCAGCAGCAAAAAAUCAGGGAACUGGAGUUGGAAUUGGCACGCAGCUCCACAAACCGCAGCACCACCACCAGUCUGCAGGAGGACUUGCAGGCUGAGAGAGCACGGCUCAUUGCUGCUGACAAGAAGGUGUUGGAGCUGCAGCAGCAGCUAAAGAGUGCUCAGCACCAGCUGCGCGUGGAGGAAGCCCGGGCUGGCGAGAGCAGCCGCCUAGAGAGGGAUGGCAGGGAUCUGUCUGACACCUUGUCAGCCCUGAGAGCCCAGCAGCAGGAGGAGCACAUCACCAGGAAGCUGUUAGAGCAGCGUGAGGAGGAGCUGCAGCAGCAGGUGCGCUCCCUGCGGCUGAAGGAGGCCUCCAUGACCAGGACUAAUGCAGAGCUCAGUCACCGUUCCCAGCAGCUGGACACACGUCUGGCUGUCUUGGAGGCUGAGUCUAGCAAGGCUAGAGAGGAGGCGAGAGGCAGCCAGAAGUCCAGUCACAAACUGCAGGAGGACUUGAUGGCCAGUCAGCAGGAAUGUGACAAACUGCAAGGAGAGCUGCAGCAAGUUCUGCUUCAACUAGACACACACGUCAGGAAGUACAAUGAAAAGCAGAGUCAGCACAAGACCAAGCUGCGUCAAGCCAAGCAAGUGUUUCUCAAAGAGACUGCACAGAGGGACCGCAUCAUCCAGAAACUGGAGAACGACCUGGUGCUGGCCACCAGCCUCUCACUCAAGGAGAAGGAGAGGAUUCAUACAGUGAUGGAGGAAAAUGAGAAGCUUUUGGAGGAGAAGAGGGAACUAUUGCGGAAAAUAAGCGAGGCAGAGGAAAUGGGCAGCAAAGGCAUGAUGACUGCCUCCACUGUCCAACACAGGGUCAACGUUUUUGAAAUGGAAAACAGACAACUUCAGGAUCGAACCAUGAAGCUCUCCAAUCAAGUCAGUUCCUUAGAGCGUGCCCUGAGGAACAUCCAGUCAUUCUACAGCCUGGAGAAUGCCAAGAAAGUGCUCCCCUCUGAAAGUCUCUGCGAUGGCUUCCUUCAUACAUCUACGCUGAGUUUGACGUCAGGUUCGUGUGACCCACUGGACAUCCUGGACGCAAUCUGCCGUGUGAAGGUGGCUGACCGCAUGGUGACGGAUGGCACUCGGGCAUCUCUCUCCACACACCCACCAUCAGAGCAGAGUUACCUGAAUCUCACCUCUCCAUUGGUUCCUCCAGACACCAAAGGCACAGAGGGGAGCUCUAAUAACAGUGACCAGGUAUGACAGGUGUGAGGUUUUGGCGGGGUUGUUGCCUGUUUUGGCAACAGCGAGCUGCCGGCCAAGAUAAGUACUAUAAUUCAAUGUAUUAAGUAAUACUAUAGCAUCCACCACUUCCACUGGAGACAGAAGUCUGAAUAAAGAAAAAAUAUGUAGAAUAAUAAAUCAUCCUUUUUAAAAGGCAUUAAUAAUGAAAGGGAGCUUCCACUGUAGUUCUGCUCAGGGUGAUAUCUCUUUUGUAUAGCAAAGCAGAUUCUUGUUUGGCCUGCAAGUACUAUUUUUGAUCCAGGUUUAGUGAAUAUUUUGGGGGCUUUAUAAAAAUAAGCUUGUGCAAGUGUCAAUCAAAGGAUUUUUUAUGACAUACAGUAUGUUAAAGGAAACGGGGUGUAAUUAGUGCU